AGAUGGGCAGAGAGAGGAAGGGCAGGAUAAGGCUCAGCAGCUGACACCAGAGCAGUCCCCCCUCCCCCACCACCCUUCCGGGCAGCCCGGGCCCUGGCAAAGGGCACUCACAGCCAUCUGAGGGAGGCAUGGGGGCAGGACAGAAAAGCCCUGAGCUCAGCCAGGGGCACCGGAGAGCUGAAAGCCUGCCAAGCACAGCUUUCAGUUUUCCAGGUUGCGCCCCAUUCUAGGGGAGGAGAAAGUGGGCUGGGCUACCCAUAAGAAACCUAGGCCUGCAGCUAGAGAGGCCAGGCCUGCAGGCCAGACACAGGACACAGGUGAGCAGGCAACCCUUAUAAUACUCGCUACAGCGGACGGAGCACGAGCCCGGUGAUUGGAUCCCGUCCAAAGCUCAACAAACAGGCACCAAGGAGAUCCAGGCUAGGAUGGGCAGCCCAGUGCACCGAGUGUCCCUGGGGGAUACCUGGAGCACGCAAGUGCACCCUGACAUAGAGAGUGAGAGGUACAUACAGUCCUUCAACGUGGAACGGCUCAUCAACAUCCUUGAUGGAGGUGCCCAGAACACUGCGCUCCGGAGGAAAGUUGAAAGUAUCAUCCACAGUGACCCAGAGUUUAGCCUGAAGGAUAAUUAUUUCAUGACCCAGAAUGAACGUUAUGAAGCCGCCGUUAAGAGGAAAUUCCACCUGCAGACAAUAGCAAAGCGCCAGGGCUGGUCGGAAGGCAGUCCUGAAUUAUAUUACAGUUACAGAACCCUUUCUGGAGACCUGGCCUUCAGUAUACACAUGGUGUUCCUGAAAUCCCUCAAGAGCCUGGGCUCAGAGGAGCAGAUUGCCAAAUGGGCCCCACUCUGCAACGAUUUCCAGAUCAUCGCAACAUAUGCCCAGACAGAACUGGGCCACGGGACAUAUCUUCAGGGCCUGGAGACUGAAGCCACCUAUGAUGCAGCCACCCAGGAGUUUGUGGUGCACAGCCCCACGAUGACGGCCACCAAAUGGUGGCCUGGGGACCUGGGACGGUCCGCCACCCAUGCCUUGGUCCAGGCCCAGCUGAUCUGCUCAGGAGCCCGACAGGGCAUGCACGCCUUUAUUGUGCCCAUCCGGAGCCUCCAGGACCACACCCCACUGCCAGGAGUCACUGUUGGAGACAUCGGGCCCAAGAUGGGCUUUCACCACAUAGACCAUGGCUUCCUGCGACUGGACCAUGUGCGGAUCCCUAGAGAGAACAUGCUGAGUCGCUUUGCACAGGUCUUGCCAGACGGCACCUACCUCAAGGUCGGAUCAUUGCAGAUCAACUACUUAUCGAUGGUGGUGAUGCGAGUGGACCUGCUUUUGGGUGAGAUCAUACCCAUGCUGCAGAAGGCCUGUGUCAUCGCCAUCCGCUACUCGGUCAUCCGCCACCAGUCCAGCCUCCGGCCCAGCGGCCCAGAGGUAAAAAUCCUGGACUAUCAGACACAACAGCACAAACUCCUUCCUCAGUUGGCCACAGUCUACGCGUUCCACUUCCUGGCAAGCAACCUCUUGAAAUUCUUCCACAGUUCCUACAGUGCCAUUCUGAACAGAGACUUCAGCCACCUGCCUGAGCUUCACGCACUGAGCGCAGGAAUCAAGGCCAUGGUGUCAGACCUGUGCCUCCAGGGGACUGAGUUGUGCCGUCGAGCCUGCGGUGGCCAUGGCUACUCGAAGCUGAGCGGCCUGCCCUCCCUGGUCAGCAGAGUGACAGCCUCCUGCACCUACGAGGGUGAGAACACUGUGCUCUACCUCCAGACGGCCAGGUUUCUGGUGAAACACUACUUGCAAGUUCAUGGGUCCCUAGGCUCCACAUCGCAGAUGUUUCUCCCCAAGUCCACUGCAUACCUGACUACACCUUACCAGGCCAGGUGCCCAGCCCAGAAAGCAGCUGACUUCCUCCAUGCAAAACUCUAUACCGCGGCCUGGGCACACGUAGCAGCCAGGCUCAUAAAGGACUCAGCGCAUCACUUACAGACUCUGAUGCAAUCCGGAGCUGACUGGGAUGAGGCCUGGAACCAGAGCACUGUCCUACACCUCCAGGCUGCUAAGGCACAUUGCUACUAUAUCAGUGUGAAGAAUUUUACAGAAACUCUGGACAAACUAGAAAACGAACCAGCAAUUCAGCAGGUGCUCAAACGCCUCUGUGAUCUCUAUGCUUUACACAGUAUCCUGACAAACUCGGGUGACUUUCUCCACGAUGGCUUCCUAUCUGGGACCCAAGUAGAUGCGGUGAGAACAGCCUACCUGAACCUGCUCCUCCUCAUCCGGAAGGAUGCCAUCUUGUUAACUGAUGCUUUUGACUUCAUGGAUCACUGUUUAAAUUCAGCACUUGGCUGUUAUGAUGGAAAUGUCUAUGAACGUCUGUUCCACUGGGCUCAGAGGUCACCGACCAAUACUCAGGGGAACCCUGCCUAUGAGAAAUACAUAAAACCACUAUUACAAAGUUGGAGAUCCAAGCUGUGAAAUAAUGAAGAGCAUUCAAGAGGCGCCACCAUGGGACUAUGAACUAUGGCAUAUAUAGCAUUCAACUUUAAAGUAUACUUCAUAUAUACUUUAUAUAUUUCAAAAAAAUAUAUAUAUAUAUAUACACACACACACAUAUACAUAGUUGUUGUUUUUAAAGUAAGCUCUAGGGGCGCCUGGGUGACUCGGUCAAUUAAGCAUCUGCUUUUGUUUUUGGUUCAGAGGUCCUAAUCUGGGGUCCUGGAAUGGAGCCUUGCAUCAGGAGGCUCCCUGCUCAGUGGAGAACCUGUUUCUCCCUCUUCCCUAUACCCCUCCCCUGUUCAUGCUUUCUAUGCUAUCUCACUGUCUCUCAAAUAAAUAAAUAAAAUUGAAAGGAAGGAAGGAAGGAAGCAAGCAAGCAAGCAAGCAAGCUCACUUGCUCUGAGGGCGGCCUGGGUGGCUCAGAUGGUUAAGGGUUUGCCUUUGGCUCUGGAUCCUGGGAUCAAGCUCCAUGGCGGGCUCCUGACUCAGCAGGGGAUAAUAAUAGCCCUAUUAUCUUAAAAAAAAUAAUAAAGUAAGUUUUAUACCCAAUGUAGGACUUGAACUCACAACUCCAAGAUCAAGAAUCACAUGCUCUACCAAUUCAGCCAACCAGGCACCCCCUAAAGUAUAUAUUUUUUAAAGAGGGUCAUUAUCUGAAUGGAUGGAUGAAACAUCUGUGAUUUACUUCAUGAAAAUCUAUGGAAGGAAAAAGGGAGAGUGAAUAGCUGAAGAUGGGGUCAUUCAAGGGGUUCGUGGGUAUUUGCACUAUUCUACUUCUGAUUAUGUUUAAAAUUUCCCAUAAUAAAUAAAGUAGUGCUAUCCAUUUGUAGCAUCUAUUUUGUUAAAUACCACAGUUUUGCUUUAGAUCUAAAAGUCAAUAGAUUCAUUAGUUAUCAUUUAUGUCUAAUUUAGCACACAUUUAUCCAAGGUUUAAAGGGAUAUACACAUGUGCACACACAAUCCUCCUCCAAAAGUGCCUGUUCUUGGAGUAAUCUAAAUAAAAUGUAGAGCUCUGAGAAUACCACUAAGUAUCAAUUUUUGAAAAUCAACUAUUUUGCAGGGAAAAUGAUUUAAAAUUUUCUUAAAAAGACAUAAUUGUCUCAAAUUACCCAAAUAUAAUCAAACUACAUUUUUCAUAUUGCACAAGUAAACACUCAAAACUAAAUGCCACCAGAUUAAGUUGCAAAAAAACCUCAGCUGGCUACUUUUCCUAAUUUACUUAUAAAAAUAAUCAUUUAGUUAAUUUUUUCUUUUUUUCUUCUCCUUCUUUUUUUUAAGUAAGCUCCUCACCCAGCAUGGAGCCCAAUGUAGGGUUGCAACCCUCGACCCUGAGAUUAAGACCUGAGAUUAAAAACUGGAUGCCUAACAACUGACUGAGCCACCCAGGAGCCCCUUAGUUAACAAUUAAUAAACCUAAGAAAAUUGACCAAAACAAACUUUUCUCCAGUAAACUGGGCAAGGAAGAGACCCCAUAAGAUUUUAAUUUUUAAAACCUUAGAACUAAUAUUAUUUUCAUUUCCAAAUCAUCCUGUCUUGCUUCUAUCUCUGCCAAUUCAACAACACAUAAGUGGCUGGAUGUUUUUUUGGAGGAGGGGGGUAAUCUCUAAUCAAUUUGAAGUAUCAGACAAUUUUCUAAAAAGAUAACUUCACACCAUUUAAUGAAACCACAGCAACCUGCCAAUAGUAUGAUAGGAUUUUAGUUUGAAGACGGCUGAAGAUGGUUUAGUUGAAGAUGGUAAAAACAGGGUAAUUACAGGUUUCUAGAUAUUGGUCAUUUGUCAAAUCUUAAAUUUUCAGAGAGACAUGGGCAAAAAUGGAUAUAGGUAAGUGUUCUCAUCCUCCUUUCAGAGACAGAAUUUCAGAAUUCUCUCAUGUAGAAGAGAAAAGGAAAGGGCACACAGCCUCAAAACUCCACUCUUCCCUUAGAAAACAGGGAAGAAAUUACAUGACUUACUUUAUAAAGUGUUCCAGCAACUAGCAAGUCUCACUAUAGCUAACAUAAUCCUUCCUAUAACUUCCAAGAAAGAGAAUCAAAGCAACUAUUCAAAAUAAAGACCACAGUAAAAUAAAGUACAUAUGUAUCUCCAA